CCCCAACCAAUUCUGGCCCGAUGGCAUCCCCACUUUUAAUUUCUACGUCAUUUUCUUUCGAUAUUACGCGCUCUUUUCUCGUCUCCACUCGAAGUAGCCAGUUACAAUGAAACCAACCACAGCUGCCAUGCCCUGAUCAACUCCUUCUCAUGGCGUUGUCGCAGCCCUCCAAAGCUAAGACCUUUAUAUACCGCAUGAAAUCAUUUAUGACUCACAAGAGUUCCAAGUGCAGCUCCAUCGAAGUCGUCGGUCGAGCUCAGUUCUCUUCUGAUUCGGGUGGAUGUUCUAGCGCAGACCAAGUUGAGUUUGCAAAAUGGAGAAAGUUGGACUCAAGGAGGUUGGGGAUAGCAAAGUCAAUGAUAUCCAUUCCUUCUUGGACAGUUCUAAGGAAUCUACAAGCUGCAGGAUUUGAGGCCUACUUAGUUGGUGGAUGCGUUAGGGACUUACUUCUCAAUAAGGUACCAAAAGACUUCGAUGUGAUCACGACGGCAAGACUUAAGCAGGUGAAAAAGAAGUUUCGCCGUGCAAUAAUUGUUGGAAAACGGUUUCCAAUAUGUAGGGUCACUAUAAAAGACUCUGUGGUGGAGGUUUCAAGUUUCGAGACUGUAGCUGAACGAUCUAAAACAAAACAAGUUGGCAUCUCUCAUAAACCCACCAGUUGUGAUCCAAGGGACUUUGUUCGCUGGAAGAAUUGCAUGCAUAGAGACUUUACGGUUAACAGCUUACUAUUUGAUCCCUUUGUUGAUGUAAUCUUUGACUACACCAAUGCAAUUGAGGACUUGAGGUCUUUGAAGCUAAGGACUGUAAUACCAGCUCACUUGUCAUUCAAAGAGGAUGGAGCCAGGAUUCUCCGUGGGUUGAGAAUUGCAGCGCGACUCAACUUAUCAUUUUCUAAAGAGACUGAGGCUGCUAUAUAUAGUCUCUCUCCGUUGGUUGCUCAACUUUGCAAGUCUAGAAUCAAUCUGGAGAUGAAUUAUAUGCUAUCAUAUGGAGCUGCUGAGCCUUCUCUUCUUUUGCUGAAAAGGUUCAAACUGCUCGAGAUUUUGCUACCAUUUCAUGCAGUAUACCUUGAGCAGGUGGACAAUCGAGAUGGCGUACGGUCCUUAAUGUUAAUGAAGCUAUUUUUCAAUUUGGAUCAGUUGAUUACUUGUGACCGGCCUUGUGAUGAUAGUUUGUGGGUUGCGAUCCUGGCAUUUCACCUGGCACUGUUUAGGAAUCCUCAACAUUCUCUUGUGGUUUUGACCUUUGCUUCACUUCUCUAUCAUGGAACGUGGGAGGAAAGUAUUAAGUUUGCUAGAGAAAAUGCUCUAGCUACACGAAUAUAUGUGCCUGAAAUUUUAGAUUCUCCUGACUACCUAGCUGAUGAUGAAAUAGCUGAAAGAGUAACUCAGUUUGCCCGGCAAGUGAAAAAUUCUGUAGAUGUUCUCGUCAACAUGGACUGCCUCUUGAAAGCAAUGACCAGGUUCCCGGAAUCUCCAUGCUCUGGUUUAGUUUUUGUACCCCAGAAUAUGGGGAAAAGAGUCAAACAUAUGUAUAACAUUCUGGCAGAAAACAUCACAUCCUUGGAAGCUGAAAAGAGAAAUCUAGAGAUAGAUUACGGCUUGUUGACAGUGGGGAAUGUAGAUGAGGUUAGGUUCGUGCUUGGUAAGAUAAUACUUAGAACUCUGAUUUGCGGGGCAACUUCAGAAAGAGGAGAGACAAGAGCAAAAAGAGAUGAUGAUAUACAAGCUACGGAUUCACCACGAGAAUUGGAGGUUUCUGAACAGAUCCGAGGGACACUAGUCCGUCUUAACGAAGUCGACCCCAUUGGCAAUAAUGAAAACAAGCGGAAAAAAGCACCAGCUAAUUAUGACCCAUCACCCAAAAGUGCUCGUAAAUCAAGGCUGUUGGAGAGCAGCAGCAUUGCUGCCGAUUACAAAUCAAGUGGUGAACAGGGGAGUGAGAGGUCUAAGAUAAGCAGUCGGAGUUGUUUGGCCGCCAAACAAGAUUGAGAAGGAUGAAAAUCUGACGGUUGAGAUAAAAAGGACAGUGCCGUUGCUUUCUGGCAUUUCAAGUUAGCGGUUAAGAUAGACUGCAGGAGGAUUAUGUUGAUUCCCCUGUAGCCCCAAGCUAGUUGUUUUAUUCAAUAGAUGAUAAGCCAUAAAUCUCCGCACAUGGAAAGAAAUAUCUGCAAAAUGCGGUUGGUGAUGAAGGAUUUUCGAAGGUCGUCUUUACAUGCCUGACUGUGUUAUUCGACCCGCCUCACUACUACAAAAGGGGCUCGUAAAUUUUGUCGCUCGCUGAACUGCCUGUUUUUCUCAGAACUCCGAAAUCAUUUCACAAUUUGCCUUCUAUGUAGGGAAUGGUAUUGGACUAGAGUUAAGGUCAGAAGGAGAAAAUAUGAGUAUUGAGUUGUUAUGUUUCCAAUUCUUUCUUGUUCCUUAAUACCCAAAUAUGUAUUUGAAGGGAGGUAUUUGAGAGAGGAAAAACAUUUUUGCCCACCGAAAGUGUAGAUGCGAUAGCAAAAAGAUGUAUUGAACAGGUCAAGAUCACCCUCUACAUUGGUCACACUGGCGCAUUCCCCGAGUUGGAAUGGUUUUAUCGAGUCUUAUCGUGUUUUGAAUGUUUAAAUUUUGAACAAUUGAAUCCAUGUAAUUCGUUUUAUUUCUUUUUCAA